GAGUUAUCGGUCAUCAGCCGGCUGCCCCCCCGGCUCCCCGUCCCCAGCCAGAUCAACCUCAGCUGAGCUGAGAAACCAGCCAUCAGCGAAACUCGCGGUGAGCAACCGGAAACAUGUCGCCGCGCACCAGACUCGCGGCAAAGGCCCUCCAAGCAGCAAAGUCGACGUCAGCAGCAGCAGCAGUAGCAGCACCACCACCACCUGUCCCCGUUGCUCGAGCUGCCCAAGCGGCUCCAAGUCCAGCAACACCACCAAUCCAACUUUUCGACCAUGUGGCUGCCUGGGAAACGUGGCUCGAGGCCAACCACACCGACCCGACCGGCCUGUGGUUGAAGAUCAGCAAAAAGGGCAGCGGCAUCGCGUCCGUGAGCUACGACGAGGCCCUCGACGCCGCACUGUGUUUCGGGUGGAUCGACGGGCAGAAAAAGAGCCACGACGGGGACCACUUUCUCCAGCGGUUCACGCCGCGCCGCAAGCGAAGCAUGUGGUCGAAGCGGAAUUGCGCAAAAGUCGCCGUGCUGGUUGAGACAGGGCGCAUGCGGCAGGCGGGGCAGGCAGAGAUCGACGCCGCGAAGGCGGAUGGGCGGUGGGAGAAGGCGUACUCGUCAGCCAGUCUGAUGGAGGUUCCCGAGGAUUUUCAGGCGGCAUUGGGCCGGAACAAGAAGGCCAAGGCGUUUUUCGAGGGCCUCGGGAAGACCAAGCGGUACGCGUUUUUAUGGCGCAUCGCGACCGUGAAACGGGAAGAGACGCGUCAAAAGAAGAUUGAGCAGUUUGUGGGAUUGCUGUCGGAGGGGAAGACGCUGUAACUAAUUUUUUUUUUUUUUUAAACACUCUGGAAACCUUGAAUUGAGGGAUGCUAAUUUAUCUCUCAAAUCUCCGA